UCUCGUUCGGGCCAACUCUCCUCGCAGUCGUCUGACCUCCACCACCGAUACACGAACUCUUAGUUCUCUUCCGAUUCCUCGAGUCCAUCACUCUUGAUAUCCCAAAUCUACUACAGAAAUGGCUCAUCUCGCUCGAUUGACCUGUUCCCGUGGCCUCUUGGCCCAAUGGCAACGACCCGUGGUUUCGGCCGCUUGGACCAACCAGGCCCUGUCCAGCCCCGUGGUGAGCGCUCGUGCCCUUCAGACCUCGGCUGCCAAGAAGGACAUUGAUUCGGCCGCCAAGUUCAUCGGAGCUGGUGCCGCUACCGUGGGAGUGGCCGGUUCCGGCGCUGGAAUCGGAUCCGUGUUCGGUUCGCUCAUCAUCGGUUACGCCCGUAAUCCCUCUCUCAAGCAACAGUUGUUCUCGUACGCCAUCUUGGGAUUCGCCCUCUCCGAAGCCAUGGGUCUCUUCUGUUUGAUGAUGGCCUUUUUGCUCCUCUUCGCUUUCUAAGAUGUGUGCUUCGACCUAGCCUCCAAUUUGUUGUUCGUUGCUAAUGCGUGUGUGCGUGGCCGGGGUGGAUGAACUCUUCAUGCGCCCGGAAAUCGCUCUUCGGAUGUGGUGGCUACAUUGAUCUUGGCCCAGCCGCGCUGAGGUGUCGUGCGCAUUUUGGAAGGCUACUACAAACGCGAUCUUAUUUGAGAGAACGGACGAUUAGUGUGUAGGUCUGAGACAUAAAAAACAACCCCACAAAAAUAUACCACAUUUUCAGGAUAAAACUGUAUGAGCCAGUCUACGAAAAAUAUGAGAAAUGUUGCUUUUAAUACACAAUGUACGUCUUCUCGAACGAACAUCCUCCAGAAACCGUGUGUAAGACGAGUACAUGUUAUAAGUUAAUUAAAAAAGGGAUCAUAACAUCCGAUCGAAAA